GUUGCACGUGACUCAUUUCUUUCUUGAAUUGCCUACUGACCGAUUCCUCCUUUCCGCGUUCUCGUUUAUCCUAGUCCAGGCUUCUUUGAAUCUUGCGAACAUAUCUGAGCCAGAAAAAGGCUUUCUGAACUGCUUUCCAUGUCAAAUAUCUCACAAAUUCAACCCACAGUUCCUCCUCCUGUUCAAACAGCGUCAUCUGAACCGGGGGAGAAGGAUGCUGACUUCAUUGUGCUUCGACAACUGAAUAAGCGAGCCCGUGUUCGCCUUUCAAAAGAACCCAUAAACCUUUCACCCAUCCCAGGCAGGGCCUCCUUAUUCGCGGUUGCCAACUCUCGAGGAUGGUUUGCAGCAGUCGCCCGGGAUUCUGAUUCCGGAACCACCCUCGUGCUGUCGCCACUCAGCGACCUUCGCUCUGCAUUUACCACUGCUAGCGAUACAGAUGACCAAACGUAUCAGCCUCAAAGGAAGGUUUAUUUGGGUGCCGCCACUCCAAAUAUUAUUGUAUUUGCAUGCAAUGACUCCAGACUGGUUGUUGGAUUUGCUGAGGGAUCGAUCAUGGCUUACGCCACAGAACACCUAUUCUCCCCUGGAGACACUUCCGUCACUCCCAUUUACUCACUUCCUCCUGUGUCUUCAUCUUCCAUUGUUUCAAUAUCUCCAAAUACAGGAGACCUUACCGAGCUUGUGGCUAUCUUACGGGAUUCCCAAGGUGGCUCAAAUGCAUUGGCAGUAGAGCUUCUCGACCUCCAGAAGCUUGUAUCUGUAGGGGGUUGGGUAGCAGGUAGCUCACCCAAUACUAUUCCCGCAUCAAUAUCCUGGUCCCCCAAGGGCAAGCAACUUGCGCUGGGUAUGAGAAGCGGUUCUAUCGUCACAUACGCCCCUACCUCUACCUCCGCUCCCAAGUCGAGCAUUCCAACCCCACCAUCAGCUUCUAAUGCCUCCGUCAUAUCAACGACUUGGCUGUCCGCUUCGUCUUUCCACGCGAUCUACGCGCAGCUGCCUCUUAACCCAGAUGUCGAACAAACACACUUUCAUGUCUCCCUUGACGCCAAAUCCAAUUCCGCACAAGACCUGAAAUUCUCCUCUCCGUAUUUCCCUUCGCCCGGGCUGCGUCCACCUGGUGCGUUCAUUGUGUGUUUGCGUGGGUGGGAUCCCGCGAAGAUACUGUUGUUUGUGGGAGAUAGUACUUCAUCAGAUAUUGGGGCGCUUGGAUGUGUAGGAGAGAACUGGUCGAAUCUGUCACUUGAGGAAACGUCGACGCCCAGCCUCCCACUAGACAAGGACAUGAACGACACUGUCCUCAUUGGCCUAGAGCUUGAUUUAACUAGCACCGAGCCGUUCCACCAUACGAGCGCGUCCGGGGAGGGUGUCCAGUUGCCACCUUCACCUGUCAUGUACGCAUAUGUAUCGGAUGGGACAAUAGCAGGUUGGCAUGUCCUCAACAUCAAGGGAACACCUUACCCAGGCAUGGUAACUCAUGCUCCGACACUCUCAGCCCCGUCGAACGACAUGCAUGCGUCUCCUAUCGAACCCACUCCUCCAUCCACGUCCGCACCUGCCAGCACGUCACCUUUCGGCCAGACAGCCCCUGAUUUUGGUCAGGCGUCCGCGUUCGGGAAGCAGCCUUCGUUUGGACAGACAUCUUUCGGUCAAUCUCCCUUCGGCCAGAUAUCAACAACCAAUGCAUUUGGCCAGCGGACUACAUCUGCGUUUGGACAAACGUCGCCAACGUCAGUAUUUGCUCAGCCAUCUUUCGGCCAACCGUCAUUUGGCCAGUCAUCAUUCGGACAAGCUGCACCUGCGUUUGGAUCUGCCGCUCCAUCAACUUCACCGUUUGGCCAAGCUGCGAAGUCUGCUUUCGAUACCACACCUAAAUCAGGAGGGUUUGGGGCAUUUAAGUUUGGUGCACCAGCACCGACUCCUGCAGAAGAUAGCAUGGCAGAUGACACACCCGCCUUUGCUGGGAUGCUCUCGCUCGGUGGUGGUGACCCUGCACCUCAGAGUGCUGAUUCAAGGCCCUCUAUAUUCGGGAGCGCCGCAAUGACUCAAACCUCUCCUGCAAGUGAUUCGUCUGGAGGUGGACUCAUCAAGCCUGGAACUGGCUUUGGAGCUUUUGGAAACAACGCGGGUCAGCAAAAGAGCCCAUUCGGUGGAUUUGCAUUUGGAGGUGCGUCCCCAGCAACCUCAUCGGCGUUUGGAACAUUUGGAUCUACUUCUGGAUUCGGCAAUAACGGAUUUGAAGCUACAUCUAACUCUAGCUUUGGGAAGACUGGUUUUGGACACUUUGGAACGCCAGCUUUUGGCAAAGCGAGCUUUGGAGCAGCUGCCACUGCUGCACCCACAACAGCGCCUGCUUCCGGAGGCUUUGCCGCUGCAUUCGGAGCUGCUGCUUCCAAUGCAGGUGCUCAGAAGUCGGUAUGGGCCAGUACACCAACCAAUGCCACAAAACCCGAUGCACCAAAACCUACCCUCACAAUCAACACACCACGCGAAGUUUCUAGGGGUGAAGAAGCUGAGUCUGGAUUCAAGAGCUCAGCGCCAGCUCCAACGACGGGCGCCUUCAGCGCUUUGAAGUCAUCUUCAUCCGCUUUCUCGUUGAAACCCUCCUCUGGAUUCGGAUUGGGAGAGCCACCGCCAGCGCAGCCACACGUCUCUGCAUUUACUCUUGCAACGACUACGCCGUCGACACCGCUCAAGCCUACCACUGGGGCUCCUGCUUUCGGUCAGUCGUCGAUGCCUGGCGCUAUAACGAAGGGCCCCUUCGGGACUACCACCCCCGGUUCUCCAGCAGCUACCAGCACACAUGCAUUCGGUACAACAUCCAUGCCAGGAGGAGCGUUCAAGAGCCCAUCUAGCCCACCCAAGUCAGUCUUCGCGGCACCUUCAACGGGUGAUACAGGUGGAGGUUUCAGCGCGUUUUCGGGUGCACCAAACACUAGUGACGAUGCGAAGGAACCUGCGAAGGAACCUACGAAGACGGAAUCUGUCAAGGUGUUCAACGCUGAGCCUGAGACGCCUGCCAAAGAGGUUACAAGUGUCAAGGCAGAGGAACCGCCUACGCCUACUACGCCCGUUGCAAAGGCGGGGACUGUAAAGGAAGAGGCGACUCCAACGAGAGCAACCACUCCGCCAACGCCCGCGGUCCAGGAGAAAGCGCAGGAGGCGAAAGGCAAGGGGACUUUGCCUCACGAACCUUCUUUGGAGUCCAUCUCUUCUUCGACGGCGUCAUCCUUCGUCGAUAUUUCUGCUGAAGAUGCAGCUGAGGAUUCGGAUGAGGAUGGAGAGCUUGAGGACGACACCGAGUCGUUUAUUUCUGAUGAUGAAUCGGAGGAGUCUGAGUUGCCGGAUGAGCAGGACGAGCGGGAAGAGGAAGAGCUGGAAGAACGAGAGAAAGAACUGGAGAAGGAGCUGGAGAAAGAGUUGGAGAAAGAGUUAGAGCAAGAGCAAGAAGAGCAGGAGGAAGAGCCAGAAGAGCAGACUCAAGAGGGGAAGGCUGAGCCGACAACGGUUCCUCCUUCCAUCCCAUCAUCUGCUGCCAGGUCUCGAUCAACCACUCCAAAAGGGGAUUUACCGACCAUCACAUUGUCAAGCACAGCACUACACCACCCUGGAUCACCCAUACCUGAGUCUCAACAUGCUACAUCUCCCGUGGCUUCGCCUCUUCCAAAGCCUCCCGCCUCCUCCCCAUUCUCUAUGACUCCCAGGACGGGUACCCGACCGGUCAAAAGCUCACCUCUUGCGAGUGCCCCCCUCACCGGAGAUACGGAAGCUCCCACUUUUCUACCCCAAGUGUCAAAAUCAGUGCCUCCAGCUAUGGUGCCGCAUCCUGCCUCACCGAGACCGCAAUUCGGCGCAUGGGUACCACCCAUGAAGCAGGAGGUGGAGUCUGAUUCGUCUUCUCGGCCUGGAAUGCCUCCGGGUCUUUUUGGCAAGAGCGCGAGUGCACCAGAAAUUACGACGUUGCCUAUGCCGCCAGCGUUUACACUACCUCCAAAGCCGAUCUUCGGUGCUCUGCCGCCUGCACCGAUCUUCUGCGCUCUGCCGCCUGCACCGUCUAGCAUCUUCGGUGCUUUACCACCUGUACCGUCUAGCAUUUUCGGUGCUCCAGCUCCAACUCGGACUCCAACGCCGCCAGUCUUUACGCCCCCUCCUGCGGGCCUCUUUGGUUUUACGAAGCCGAGCGAGAGUCCCAGUGCGACUCCGGCGUCUCCCAGCACCUUCGGCAUGCCAGUCAAAACUCCGGAAGCGUCUCCUGCUCUUACUCCUCCACCUUCUAGCGUUUUCGGUGGCUUCAAGCCACCUGGUGCUGUACCCGCUACUCCCAUGUCUCUGUCUCCAGGCCCGUUGCUACCUGCAGUUCCCCCUCCUUCCAUAUCCCCACCAACUCCGCCUAUCGAGCAAGGGAUGCAGUCAGAGUGCUCGUUUAUGGUCUCACGUCUAACUUGGGAACUCGACAAUUUAAAAACCAUGGCCGCGCGUGCAACGCAGCAGGCCGCGGAACUCAAGUCAAAGAAAGCACCAGGACAAUCACACGUGAAAGCAGACCUUAGAGAUGCAACAAAAUGGGCGCCCGGCGACAUCCAGGAGUAUGGUCGUGUAAUGACUGGAGUCCAGAGCGACAUCACAGAAAUAAAGGAGCAACGGAAGCUUCUUAAACAGUCACUGAAGGAGCUUGAGAGCUGUAUGUUAAAAGCCGGAACGAGAAAGGAGGAGAUUAUUCGAUUUAGCCGAGCGCAGACGGACAGUGAAUUUGCGAAGAUGCUCAAGAUCAGAACGCUUGGACCAGAAUAUCUGGAGACUCAGUCGCAACUGCGGAGGGAUAUACGGGCAAUGAGAGACCGUGUGCAAAAGCUCGAGGACCACCUGCAAUCCUCUAAGAAGAGGAUCGCUGAGUUAAAGCAAGGCAAACCCAGUCUAAAGGCACCAUCUUUGGACACCGUGAACCGUACCUUCCGCAACAUUGACAUCAAAAUCACGCAACAAAGCGGGGAUGUCGCCAAGCUCCAGCAGCGAAUGAAUAAGCUGGACUUGUCCUCUGACGUCCUUAGUUCACGAGACAAACGACUCUCAGAAUCAGGCGCUAAGAAACCAUCGAGCAUGAUUCCCCAUGUAGCAGUUACCACGGCUGCUGCAUUGAAUGCGGAACGCUCUGCGCAGAAGUUGAAACGGGCUCUGCUGGCGGCGAGGAAAGAACCCUUGCUUAACAACAAAACAGUCUCCAAUCCUACGCCUACAUCAUUCCUAACGCCAAGCAGGGCAGGAGUUACACGAGCGCCUGAGACAUCUACUCCUGCUGGGCUUAUUUCACUUCCUACGGGCGCCUUGCCUGCGUUCAAAACGCCUACGUUCACGCCCGGGUGGUCGCCAGAAACGUCCAUCAGUUACGAUGAUUCUGCGUCAUACACAGCGUCCUCUUCGCGUCGCACACACCGAACACCAAGACAUGGAUCUUCAGCUAAAUCGGCGACCAUGCUGAAGUUGGAGAGUCUCGAGGCUUCUCCAACGCCCGCACCAAAGGCACCCGCUGCCGCAUUUGACUGGGGACCGUUGCCGACUGCCACACCAAAAACAACACUGCCUGCUGAUGUUCGGGGUUUCGGUUUCAGGUCGUAAAAUCAAGACUGAUAUGGUUUGAUGAUCGAAUAGUUAUGUACUGGGUGUCUCGAUUAUGUGUUUGAUCCUUGAUGAAAUAGAUA